AUGAGGGAUGAGAAAUCGUGGCAACCGUAUGUGAAACAGUUGGACGAGUACCUGAAAAAGUACAGCGAUACAAACGGAACGAGGGAAUGCGGUGAGAACGACAAUAAUAGCAAUAUUGCGGAUGAUGAUGUCUUGGUACGUGAUCCCCCUCGUUUUCAGAUUUUUUAUAUGGAAAUUACGUCUUUUUUCAGCCAUGCCGCUUUUGAUUUGUCGAAUUUUACUGCCGCUGGUUGUGGUCCGGAUAAGCAAUACGGUUAUGGUAGAGCUGGAAGUCCAUGUGUCGUUCUGUCACUGAAUCGUCUGAUCGGAUGGCAGCCAGUUGAUUAUGCACCAGAUUCUGUACCAGAAAACGUCAAGGGGCGUUAUAAAAGUGGUUCAAUUGCGCUGUACUGUGAUGGAGCUAACAAUCCUGAUAAGGAGCAUAUCGGGCGCCUGAAGUACAUUCCAGAGUAUGGUAUCGAUGGAAGAUAUUAUCCCUACGUUUACGUGCCCAAUUAUCAUCAGCCUAUUGUGAGUUAUCAAUAA